AUGACGGGGACAUACACAAAACUAAAGGGGACAGAGUACACAUUUAUUCAUGAUUCUAUCUUUGAAAUAUGUGCUUAUCACUAUGGUAAGCAGUUUCCCGAGCAAAUGUUAAAAUAUAUGAACAGUACUUAUAUUGCUAACUGUGUGAAACCCUGGAAUAAGGAAACAAAAGACAUGUUUCAGAAGGCUGAAAAUCCUUUUGAUUUGUGCAUAAGAUUACAUAAUGAGAGUCAGAACUCAAUGUUAGCUGAGAGGUUAUACAGAGAUGUAGAAAGAAUGGACUUGUAUAACGUGUUCAUGAAUGAUGCUCUGAAACAUCAGGGGGUGUGUCAGGCUUUUAUUGAAGUGUUAAAGAGAAAAGAUUAUAGAGAAUUAAAGUCUUUGUUUUUGGAUCAAAUUCAUGGUGUUCAUGCUGAAAAAUUCUUUGAUGAGGUUAAGACAUUUGUCCAAGGAAAGUCGAACAAAGAUUUCAUGAGGUCAGAGCAGGAAGAAAUUGGAAAUUCGUUGAGUAGUUGGAAAACAUCAUGUAGAUUUAAACAUGUAAAUCUCUUGAUGGGUAUCAACUAUACUAGAUCACUAAAACGCAAAAAUUUUACGAGCACUUUUAGGGUGAUCAGCUGGGUCAUUUACUAUGGACAUCAUCAAAUUCUGCAGUACAUUAUAGACCAAACCAAAAGUCACAGAGAGAUACAGUCGGUGAUCUUUCUUGAAAAUCGUUUCCAAGCUUUGGUGCGUUUGAUGAGGAAAUCAAAAGAGUACCAGAGAGAAAAGAAACGGUUAUUUCUUCUUAGUUGUUUGAGUGGUGAUGUGGAAACUUUACAAAUAAUGUUGCAGUAUGUAAGUAAAAUUGGUGCCUUACUCAAUCAGGGAGGUGCAGCAGAAAGUUGGUCUGCACCAUUAGUUAUGGCUAGUAAAGAAGGACUUUUACGCAUUGUUGAGGAACUAAUUAAAGUUGGGGCAGAUGUCAAUCAACAGGGUAAAUAUGACACACCGCUUACAGCAGCUUGUAGGGGUGGACAUACACUUGUAGUAAAAAUGCUAAUAAAAUCCGGGUCUGUUGUUGAUUUGCCAAAUAUGAAAAGCGAGACGCCAAUUAUGAUUGCAUCAUUACAUAAUCCCUCUGUUUUAAAAAUCCUAACUGAAAAUGGUGCAUGCUUUGAACAAAAAAGUUGA